AUGGCGGAUCCUAAGAUGGCGGAUAUUCUUGUCAAAAUUUUGAUUUGAUUUUAUAUAGUGUACAACUACAAGAACUGUGAAGAACUCUAUAAACGCGGUUUUAAACAAAGCGGUGUCUAUACCAUCGAUCCAGAUGGCAAAGGAAGAUUCAAGGUUUACUGUGACCAAAAGACCGAUGGCGGAGGGUGGACGGUCAUCCAGAAAAGACAAGACGGUUCGGUGGACUUUUACCGAGGAUGGAACGCCUACAAGAAUGGAUUUGGAAAUCUGAAAGGCGAGUUCUGGUUGGGUCUCGAUAAGAUCAACCGACUGACCCAUCAAGCUAAAAACCGUCUUCGUGUUGACCUGAUGGAUACCAAAGGAAAGACCGCGUAUGCCGAGUACGACUACUUUGCUGUGGCCAGUGAACGGUUCAAGUACAAGCUGAGUCUUGGAACGUACUCAGGAACUGCAGGCGAUUCAUUGUCCUACCAUCGUGGUAUGCCUUUCUCCACCAAAGAUCGUGAUAAUGAUAAAUACAGUAGUAACUGUGCUGUAAUACGUAAGGGUGCCUGGUGGUACAAGAACU